AUGGUGAGAUCGGCAGCGUUUAAGGUGGGGGAUGGCUACGUCGCGCCGCGGCAAGGUUCUGUUCCGCUCGCGGAGCCGGCUCACGUCUCCAGGGCGUCGGCGUCGACGACGAUGACCGCGACGUCCAUUCGGCCGCGCUUCGAACCGACCGAGGCGGCCGAGGCGGGAUCUGCGGUUCGCGCUGGUGGGCCGCAAGCGAGGUGGGCCUGGUUUGGCCGGGCGGUCAUGGGCCUGCAACGCGCCCCGCGCCGUUAUGCAGCAGCCGAUCGUAUGCGAUCACGUACAAUCGCACACGAAGCUGCGUCACGACCCUGGAACGCCUUCGCCGCCGCUGCUCUCCCUCAACCCUACGUCGACCGCACUGCUCCGUCGCCCUCCUCGUCCACGCCUUCGCCGGGAUCUGCGCCGCACCGUUCUUUUGCGCAGGUGGUCGCCGGGAUACCCUCGCUGGUGGGGAUGGCGGGGCCUUCGCGCCCGUCCGCGCCACCAGGGGCGCCUUUGGCUGCGCCAGGACCAGCACCGGUCGCGCCAGGGGCUGCUCCUCCUGCGGCGGCUGCAGCUGCUGCUAGUACCGGCCCCUAUAUGGGACCCCCUGGGUUCCAAGGAUGGCCGGCAGGUACUCCGAUGCCACAAGCCGCGUCGGCUCCGUGA